GUUUUUAGCCUUACCAGUUUGUCAGGCGGUCGUAGAAGAAAAAUACACUCCAAUUGGAUGCUCAUAGCACAGUUGUUCUUGAACAUUUCGUGAAAAAUCUCAGGUAUUUCAGCAUCCUAAUUGAGUGAUAAUGUAUCGUCAGGCAACAUUGCGCCUCUCUGGGCCAUCUCUGAGUGCCCUCAAGUCCUCGACUAUGCAGAAUUACAGAAAUUACUUCUUCACCAACCAGAUGCGUCAGAAAUCCUCCACUCCGAUCAACACAAUCAUCAUGUUUGUGCCUCAGCAGGAAGCCUGGGUCGUUGAGAGAAUGGGUAAAUUUCACAGAAUCCUCGAGCCCGGACUCAAUGUGUUACUCCCUAUUGUGGACAGGGUGAAGUAUGUGCAGAGUCUCAAGGAGAUAGCCAUUGAUGUGCCCAAGCAGAGCGCUAUCACAUCAGACAAUGUCACUCUCAGCAUCGACGGAGUACUCUAUCUGCGCAUCCUAGAUCCCUACUAUGCUUCCUAUGGAGUUGAAGAUCCAGAAUUCGCCAUCACUCAACUGGCCCAGACGACUAUGCGAUCGGAAUUGGGAAAAAUGUCCUUGGACAAGGUAUUCCGGGAGCGUGAGUCUCUAAAUGUGAGUAUUGUGGAUGCAAUCAAUAAGGCUGCUGCGGCAUGGGGAAUCAUGUGCCUCAGGUAUGAGAUUCGUGAUAUCAAACUACCGUCGCGUGUGCAUGAAGCCAUGCAGAUGCAGGUAGAAGCUGAACGACGAAAACGAGCAGCUAUCCUGGAAUCUGAAGGUGUUCGUGAAGCUGACAUCAAUGUGGCCGAGGGCAAGAGACAAUCACGCAUUCUAGCCUCUGAGGCUGAACGCAUGGAACAAAUCAAUAAGGCAAAUGGUGAAGCAGCUGCUCUCUUAGCUAUUGCCGAUGCUCGGGCUCGUGGUCUACAAAUGGUAGCAAAAUCUCUUACUGCCAAAGACGGCAAGAGUGCUGCUUCCCUAGCCAUUGCUGAGCAGUAUGUUGGGGCAUUUCAAAAUCUCGCCCGGCAGAACAAUACUCUCAUUCUGCCACAGAAUGUGGGUGAUGUAUCUUCAUUGGUGGGACAAGCCAUGGCUAUCUAUCAGACCAUAAGUUCAACCACAAAUGGCAAUGACCUCGUGAAGGAAUCCUUGAGAAAUGGCACUAUGAAAACUGACGAUCUCGCUGGUAAGAUUGACGAUCUACGAUCAAAUAGUCUUCCGGCAGACACUGACGGAGAGUCUACUAGGAAAUCAUCAUAAAAUCUGGCCAAGUAAUUAUCCUUACUCUGAGUCGCUCCCCAAAUUGUUAACUUAAUUAAGAAUUCAAGCUAUAAUAGUGUAAAUAAAUGGAGAUGCAUUUUAUAAUCAA